CAAAAUUGCGCUUGCAUUUCGUCUUUCUCCGCUGUACGGAUACGUAAUGUUGGUCUAAAAAAAUGGAGGGCUGCCCUCGAUCUUCUAUGCUUUCUAUUGAUUUCAAAGAAUCCUUAGCCACAGAUCUAUCGACUCCUUUAAAAAAGUACAUCAGCGAACAUUACCAAGAAGAUCCGGAUAGCUACAAACAAGAAUGCUCUCAAAUCGAGCAACUACGAGCAGCAUGCCUUCAUCCAAGCAAAGACCAUUCUGGCUGCAGCAUACUGCGUCGGUACUUUGCACAAUUGCAAUUUUUACAGUCCAGGUUCCCUAUGGCAGAGGGUGGUGCUAUUCCUGUCCAGUUUACCUGGACUGACCUAUAUUCAGAGGAACCAAUAUCACUUGCUGAUGUAAGGUUUGAACAAGCUUCAAUAUUGCACAACUUAGGCGCAUUACAUUCUUUGCUUGGCAAAAAUGAAGACAGAACUGGAGAGGAGGGUAUGAAAGUGGCAUGCACACAUUUCCAGGCGGCUGCCGGUGUUUUUCAAUAUCUUAAGAAUACAACCAUGGUCCCACUAUCUGCUCUUAAACUGCCCUGGAUUUCAGAGGAUCAUUUUGCAACAGAAGCCUUUUUCGACAUGGCGUCCUGUCUUCUACAGCUGUACAUAAGUGUUAUGUUGGGUCAAGCCCAAGAAUGCCUUUUAGAGAAAUCAAUUCUAGAUGGACGGAAAGAUUCCCUAAUAGCAAGAAUAAGUGUCCAAGUCCAUGACUUUUACCAGGAAGGUCUUGCUUUUCUUGAGUCGCUAGGGUCAUCAUAUAUGGGUUCCAAGAAAGCAAAGAUCUGGACAAAGGCAUUGAAAAUCAAGGCUUGUCAUUAUAUGGCUGUGGCAUAUAUAUUUAUGUCGAAUAAUGCCAAUGAAAACCAGAAGUUUGGUGAAAAGGUCACUUAUUUAAAAGCAGCUUCAAAAAAACUUGGGGAAGCUCAAAAGCUUGUGAAGGGUCAGCCUGAGCGAACCCAAGAAAUCCUACAGUUCAUGGUAGAUGUUGUCAGUAACAAGCUAGAAGGUGCUGUUAAGGACAAUGACUUCAUAUACCAUGAGGUUGUUCCAGAAUUAUCUGCCCUACCUGAAAUUAAAGGUGCUUCUCUUGUCAAGCCAAUCCCCUUCCAGCCAAAUGACCCUAGUUUGGCUGGCCCAGACAUCUUCAAGCGUCUUAUACCGAUGGAGGCCCACACUGAUGCCUCACUCUACAGUGAAGAAAAGGCCAAACUUCUGAGGCGAUAUGGAGCCUCUAUUGAUGCAAAGAACAAAGCCUUGGGUCAAGCUCUUGCAAACCUUCAUAUUGAUGACCUGCUUCAGCCAGAUCAGAUUGAUACACUGCCUCCAAUGCUGAAGGAAAAGAAUGAAAUUUUGAGAUGUGACCCUGAAGAACUGGUUAAAAUAGAUCAAAAUAUUAAAGAUCUCCAAAAGUUGAGUGACAACAUCGAGAGUACUUUGAAGUCGGUUUCCUAUUUAAUUGAUGAAGAUGAAGAAAAAGAGAAUGAGGCCAAGGCAUUAUUUGGUCCAAUGCAGGCCCCAAAAGAACGAGAAGAAAUCAAGAGUGAGCUUGACAAAAACCUCAAAACCCACGCAAUAGCGUGCAAAACAAACAACGAGCUGAUGCGUGCCUACAAAUCGCAUUUGGCAAACUUGGAGCUACUUGCUGGACCUCAAGAAGUGCUUCUUGCCUCACUCCCUUCUCCAAACAUCAUAGAUUCACCAGUUGAUGAUGGGGCGGUGCAGAGGUUACGGGACUUGAUUGCGAAAGUUGAUCACAUGAAGUCUCAAAGGAAACAACUAGAGGAAGAUCUGCGUCGAGAGAUAAAUGCAGAUGACAUCACUGGACUUUUAGUAACCAGAGAAGAAGGCAGCAAACAAGCGUUUUUCGAUGAGCAGCUAAAGAAGCAUAGCCACACUUGUAGCCUCAUACAAGCCAAUCUUGAUGCGCAAGACAGGAUUCUAAGUGCACUGACUGAAGCCAACGCAAAGUAUGCUCCUAUGCGUCAAGCAGUGAAAGAAAACUCACAGAAACGAGAAGAUGUCGCCAAAGGCCUUAUUCUUUCGUACAAUGUACUUUGUGAGCUAAAAGGGAAAGUAAGCCGCGGUCUACAGUUCUUUCAGAAUCUUGAGGCCAAGGUUGACAAACUAGAGGAAAAGUGCAAAAACUUCUUCGAUCAACAUGGACAGGAAUUACAAAGAAAACUAGAAUCCAAAAAGAAAGCGACAGAAUCCUCCAGGCCACCAUCACGACCCACCGCAUCUAAACCAGAGUAUCUGACUCGCCCCCCUGAAAUCAACCCUCAAGGUCCAGUUCCGACCAUGUGGCCUGUCUCUGUACCUCCAGGCUUGACUGGCGCUAUGCCUCCUCGACCUUCUUUACCUAAUGUGCCUCAAGGGUUGCCUCAACAACCAGGCAAUCCUGGAAUCCUACCUGGCUCUCUACCUAAUACUACUGCUAUUAGCCAGGUCCAACCUCAUGUCCCUAGUCUCCCAUCAAGCCUGCCUACCACUGCUCCAGCACGUAGUCUUUACUCAUCAUCACAAGCAGUCCCGUUCCAGGUUCCUGGACCUUAUUUCCAAGCAAGUAUACCAUCUCCUGGUCCACCAACAGGCUAUCAUGGCCAGCCACCAUCAAGCAAUAUUUCGGCCUCUAUUCCUGGGACACUACCAUCACAUGUUCCUAGUUAUCAAGGACAACAACACAUCCCAGCUGAUCAGAGCAUCCACUCUGCUCCAAGGAUGUCAAAUACAAUACCUAUAAGGCCCGGCUCUCAAAUUGUUGAACCCUCUCAACCUAAUAACCAGAAUUUUCCGCUAACGCCGCCUCAUCAAGUAGGCCUAAGCCAGCAACAAGGACCUCAUUACAACAUGCCACCUCAACAACAACUUCGUCCAGCCGGACCUCGUUUAGAUGGACCAAGAGCCGGGACACCAGUGGGACAUCAGUCACAACCUAUGUCUCAACAAUUUAACCCCCAGCUAUAUCCGUACCAUGCCCCACCACCAUCACAGGUGCUAGGCAGACCCCAAAACCCCGACCAACAGGUGCGACAACCUGGUCCACCCAUACUGCAGGCCCAACCUCCCUUUUCUCAAGGCCCGCGGUCUGUUCAGCCAUUUCCUCCUCAAAAUGUCCAAAGCUCAAGUGGGCAACUAGUGAUGCAACCACAGUCAUGGCAACACCCUAAUUCUCUGGGAUAUGCGCAGCCGCAGAGAUUCCAACCACCUCUUGGACCACCACAGCCCAGACCUCCUCAAAGUCCUUUGAGACCAGAGCUGCCUAAUCAAGUUCAAAGCAAUCAGCGACCCAUGUCACCUCAGCAGUUUCCUCAAAGACCUCAAUUUCCUCCAUCAGGGACUUCACCUCAGGUUUCCCAGCCACAAUUUACCAUGCCACCUCCUCUGCAACCAACCACAAUUACGGCAGUGCCACAACCAAGACAUUUACAAACUGAAGGAAGCGGUCAACAACAAGGGACACCUGAUUCACGACAUGCUCCAAAUGUGAUACCCCCACAACAAUCCACUCAGCCUGGACAGCAAUCCAACUUUUUUUCCAGUCAGCAGCAACCCAAGCAAUUCCAACCACAAUUUCCAACUAGCCAGCAUUCCCAGCAACCAUUCCAAUCAGGACAAGCACCACAGCAAUUCCAGCAGCCAUUUCCAACAGAACAUCAACCCCAGCAGCCAUUUCGGCCUGGCCAACAAUGCCAGUACUCAACUAGAUCUGACCAACAGACGCAGUCGACAUUUCAACCAGGACACAAACACCAACAGCCGUUUCGGCCAGAGCAGCCAUUUCAACCAGGUCUGCAACCUCGUCAGCCAUUUCGGCCAGACCAGCAAUCCCAGCAGGCCUUUCGGCCAGAGCAACAGCCCCAACUACCAUUUCAACCAGGUCAGUCACCCCAACAACCAUUUCUGCCAGACCAACAAUCCCAGAAGCCAUUUCGGCCAGAGCAACAGCCCCAGCAGCCAUUUCGGCCAGGUCAGCAACCCCAACAGCCAUUUCGGUCAGUUCAGCCGCCCCAGCAGCCAUUUCGAGCAGACCAACAGACUCAGCAACCCUUCCAAUCAGGUCAACAGCCCCAUCAGCCAUUUCGGUCAGUUCAGCAGCCCCAGCAGCCAUUUCGGGCAGACCAACAGAAUCGGCAACCCUUCCAAUCAGGUCAACAACCCCAGCAGGCAUUUCGGCCAGGUCAGCAGCCCCAGCAGCCUUCUCGACCAGGGCAACAACCCCAGCAGCCAUUUCGGCCAGAGCAACAACCCCAGCAGCCAUUUCGGUCAGUUCAGCCGCCCCAACAGCCAUUUCGAGCAGACCAACAGACACAGCAACCCUUCCAGCCAGGUCAACAACCCCAACAGGCAUUUCGGCCAGGUCAGCAGCCCCAGCAGCCAUUUCGGCCAGAACAACAAUCCCAGCAGUCAUCUCGGCCAGGGCAGCAAUGUCAACCCCAAUUUCUACCAGAUCAACAACCAUUACAGCCCUACAGAGCAAUCCAGUUAACACAGCGGCAACAACAACAAGAAUCAGAUCAACAACAACAAGAACGAAUGCUUAAACCCCUCGUUGCACCAACAUCUCAGCUUUCCAGAGUAGAGCAAUACACUCCGACUGCAAUGAAUCCCCUCCAAAGUCGACCAACUAGGGCGGACUCCCAUUCAGUAAGACAGCCAAUAGACCCCCCGCAAGUGACAUAUCAAGACUACCUAGGUGGUUCUAUCAACAGAUCACUCACCUGUACACCGGCGGUAACGACAACAAGCCAAGAUUCAAGACCCCCUAGCUAUCCUGAAACAGGAGCACGUGUCAGCCACAGUAAUGAACAGGUGUGGCCCUUGGCACCCACAGCACCGGCACAGCAAGACCCUAGGUCAUCACCAGUAUCCGACUAUCAGACAAGCUACUCUGUAAACUUGGCCCAGGCCCAGCUCAAUCAAUAUAACUAUGCUAAUGCUCAGCAACAGCAGCAACAACAGUUCCAGGAAUUCCAGCGGGAAAUGAUGAUGCAACAACAGAGUAUGAUGUUCCAGCUCCAGGAGAUGUUGAGAGUGCAGCAGACCGUACAGCAUGCGCACGAGGUGACAGAUCAUGGCCAGGUCAGUCUGCUGAUGCAACAAAUACUCGAGCAGCAGAAGAAGCUUGCAGAUUUGGAGCAGAAAAUCAAGGAAAAGACACACGAGGAAGCAACUCCAGAGGAAAGACAAGAAAGUAUUGGUUCGACUAAUUCGAUGCUGAUAACUGGCGAAACAACAGAGGGCAAGAAGAUGGAGAAUCAAGCAGUACCUAGAUCUGAUACAAAUAGCCAAGAAGAAACUCCAAGUAACACCAUAGGUAUUCCAAGUGAUCCAGAAAGCAAUCCACAAAGUAUUCCAACUGAAGGACCAAGCAAGCCUGUGGUUCCUAAUUAUGACAGCUCGCUGUUCUCGGAAUUUGCCGCAAGAUUGGUACCUCAUGAGUCAGAAACGGCAUACUCUGCAGACAAGAAACAUAGUUAUGACGACCUUGAAGAUUGCUUAUGUGAAGACCAUGGUGUUGAAGAUGAUGGGGUAGGGGAACACCCUAUCGACCCUACAGGAAGUGAUGAUGGUGAUGAUAGCUACCUAAAAGGUAACGACGACAACGCAGACAAUGCAUCGAAAGAAGAUUUGUCCCCAAAGAUUGACACCCCUACAGCCUCGAAUGAUGAGAAGGCCGAUGAAAAAGAAACUCUAGAUGUAAACAACGAAACCAAAGAGCCACAAAACCAACCUCAACACGUUGAAUAUCACUACGAGCCUGGCAGUCUACCUAGCCCCGGAUAUCACUCUAGUGAACCGCCACCAACACCACCAGCAGAUUACCCGACUGAUGAAGAUGGUGACAAGCCACCCCUUCACCGACAGUGGGGUCAUUACUAUUACACACAAAUGUCCAGGAUUGGCCAAGAGGCCAACAAUAAAUAUAUUAGCAAGGAGGAGGUACUGCAAGGGCUGGUGUCUGCUAUUGAGGGAUUCGAGGGAGUUGUGGACUCGCUUGCCGACAGGAAACCCGGCACCAUUAUGGACGGUUUCACUGCCGAGUGGAAGGAACUCGAACGUUUGCAAGAGUACGAUUCUUCAAAAUUGACUACACAUGCAGCUAAAAUGAAUAACACCAAGAACCGAUAUCGAGACAUACACCCAUGGGAUCACACGCGAGUUUUACUAACUACCAAGGAAAACGGAGACUACAUUAAUGCUAGCUACAUAAAGGAAACAACACCUAUGUCUCCGCCUUUCAUCGCCACUCAAGGACCAAUUGCAUCCACACUAGCCGACUUUUGGCUGAUGGUUUGGGAGCAGCAGUCUCCCGUCAUCGUCAUGUUGACAAAAGAGGUGGAAGGCAACAAGCUCAAAUGUCACCAGUAUUGGCCAAUUGACGAAGGCCACACGAAUCUGUUUGGUCCUAUGAGGGUUUCCCUCAAGAGCCUCACGUCCUCACCCGGCUGGAUCCGCAGGGUCAUGCAUAUCCAGCAUAAUGAUAGCCAGGAGACGCUUCUGGUAACAAUGUUGCAGUUCAUACUGUGGCCUGACUAUGGUGUGCCCAAGUCACCUGAAGACCUGAUAGCCUUCAUGGGCGAGGUGGAAACAUGCUACACCGAAACAGAAGGCGAAGGUGGCAAGCCUAUAAUCCUGCACUGCAGUGCUGGUGUGGGUCGCACGGGAACGUUCUGUGUCAUAUUCUCCGCAAUUAGGGAAUUCACCGCUCACAAUGGAAUAAUCAACAUCCCUAGAAUGGUCCGCACACUACGGCAACAACGAAAAUACAUGGUACAGAAAAAGGAACAAUAUGAAAUGUGUUAUCGAACAAUCGCGUUCUUUGCUCGACAGUAUGUUGACUUCGAACGGAUAUCCGAAUUCCCAAAAGAAAGUUUAUCAACGACCGCUACGUCCACUAAACCCACCAGCGCGUUUUCAGAAGAGGUCGUCGAGGUUCCGACCACACACAGGGAACAAGAGGUCGCCAGGCCCGGGCCGCCGGGAAGGUCCCAGGCGCCAAGUGAACAAGCCGUAUCUAUCGACUUGAAAUCAAAGAAGAUCCGCUUUAUCGGAGAACUUCAGUCCGAUGACUCACUUGAUGAUGAUGCGAGCAGCGAUAAAAAGGGGCCGGACCUUCCUGAUUCAUGUAGCACGGAGACCAUCUCGCAUAGGUAUUGCGAGGGAACACUUGAUACAGACGCAGCCCUCCCUCGAACAAGCAGUCUGGAUCCACAGCCCCCUAAAACAGACGAGAGUGAACGUCGUGAACCAUCCGCUACCACGCCGCGCCAAAACGCACAGACGGAGACAAAGGGAGGAUUGAAUGAGGGGUUGGUUCCUUCCCAUUACACACCGCAAGCUUCAGUUAGCGAGGAUUCAUCACAACCGACAGUGGCAUCAACUGCGAUAAUGAGUACUUCCCCCGUAACAGGUGUCAUUUCAUCACCGUUAUCUACCUCAGAAAAGCCUCGACUAGAUGACAAAGCCCGUGCUGAAUCUUCUCAGGCUGAAUUACCCGAUGUAUCGGUGCCUUCCUCGAAAUGUGACGAAUCACAGGAUAUCGUACAGGCGCCCGAGGAGCCGCCGUCACAAGUGGCCGGUGCUUUGCAAGUGGAAAAAAAGACGCCGCUAAAUACAACAGAAAAUCAGAAGGAGAUUGAGUCACCUUCAUGUGAUGAGAUAUCGUCAGAAGCAAUAUCGCAGCUAAGCAGGACAUCGCAUCAGGCAGUUGCCACCCAAGCCGAGCCUUCAUCGGCAGAUUCGAUUACUUCUCCAGACUGUCUACAACAAGAACAACCAUCGACCUCUGACCGUAGCACAUUACCCGAACCCUUAUCGACAAUUAAAAAUACUUCGCCUGAGUCUCUACCAGCUGGCGAAUCAUUAUCGACUUCCGACCGUUCAAGUAGUACCUUACCUGAACCUUCAACUACAGAUGCGACGACUUCGCAUCACGAGUCUCUACCGGCUGCCGAACCAUUAUCGACUUCCGACCGUUCAAGUAGUAUCUUACCUGAACCUUCAACUACAGAUGCGACGACUUCGCAUCACGAGUCUCUACCGGCUGCCGAACCAUUAUCGACUACCGACCGUUCAAGUACCUUACCCGAACCCUCAAAUACAGAUGCGACGACUUCGCGUCACGAGUCUCUACCGGCUGCCGAACCAUUAUCGACUUCCGACCGUUCAAGUAGUAUCUUACCUGAACCUUCAACUACAGAUGCGACGACUUCGCAUCACGAGUCUCUACCGGCUGCCGAACCAUUAUCGACUACCGACCGUUCAAGUACCUUACCCGAACCCUCAACUACAGAUGUGACGACUUCGCACGAGUCUCUACCGGCUGCCGAACCAUUUUCGACUUCCGACCGUUCAAGUACUUUACCCGAACCCUCAACUACAGAUGCGACGACUAGGCACGAGUCUCUAACGGCUGGCGAACCAUUAUCGACGUCUGGUGUUUCGUAUAAACCGUUAUCCGAACCCUCAUCGCUCGAGUCUCUACCUGCUGACGAACCACCAUCGAUUUCACGCCAUUUAAGCAAUACAUCUUCCGAACCCAUAUCUGGGGAUACGCCUAUCCCAACCGAGCCUGCACCAGCCGACGAACCAAUAUCGACUCCUGACUAUUCAAGUCCCAAACCCGUUGAGCAGUGUGAUCAGGCCGUUUUAGGUGCUAACAUUGAAUUAAAGGUUCCUUCCGAGGCAGUGAUGACGAGUUCUGAUCUAAACGUCGAUUCUAGAGAGAGUGAAAAUAAUUCAUCUCAGAAGUCAGCGAUGGCCGAUGAUGGCCGAUGACGACAAAAACCAAGAGGGUGUGCCACCAGUCCAAAGCAGUGAAAAAAACGAUGUAACGGACAAGAAUCCGGCAGAUUGACCAAUUGUCCAAGAAUUUUGCCUGAUGGAUCUCAAAUUAUCACAUAAAGGCAAUCCGCCUAGCUUGUAGAUUAUAAACACUCUAAAAGGAGUACAAAAUAUUACAGUACAAAUUAUUAGAACAAAGUAAUGCAUAUUCACAGGAAUAUGUGAUCUUGCUUAAAAAACAUAUUUGGAAUAGUACGCUGUACAGUUAAGCACGACCAAACUACCCUUCCUUGACUGGUGCAUGAACUCAUCGGGGGCGUGUCUUAGUACUUAAGCCACCAGGGCACAAUUUGAACGGUAUAUCGGAACAACACCCCCAGAAAAAUACUUCAAACCCUAGAACAUCACGUUUAUUUCUGGUUGCAAUUUUUGCUAUGAAUUAAAGUAAGUUAAGAAUAAUUCCCGAAUAAAUUCCGCAGUAUUUAAA